AGCGCGGGGCGGAAGCACGACGUUUACAAGCUGGCAGGCACCUGUCCUGCCGGUACAGCCCCGCACCCGGAGCACCACAUCCUGUUUACCCACGGGAGCCGGACAGACGCCCGCAGCAGCAGAACACCCAGCCGGCACCCGCACAGCCCGCAGGGCCCCCGCCGCGCGAGGACGCGCCGGGCCGCAAGACCCGAGGUGCCGACGGAGGAACGGCGCGGAGCGGGGGCUCGUCACGGCCCGCCGCCCCAGCUCGUGCGGACGCUGCCGGUUCUCCCCGCAGCCGGAACGAGCCCGGCAGCGUCACCCCGCGCCGUGUGCCCGGGGGGCUCGUCCCCUCCCCGCGGCCCUCAGGAGCCCGUCCCGCCGGGCCGGGGCAGGUGCCGCCCGCCCGUCCCGCGGCGGGGGGAUGAUGAAAGAGCAGGAAGUUGGCACGCGGCGCUGCCCGACGCGGCGGGGCCCGGCCGGGGGCACGGCUCCCCCACGGCUCCACCCGGAGCGCCCCCUCAGCCGCCCCGCUCCUCCCCGCCCUCCCCUCGCCCGACCGACCCCCGAGCGGCCGCGGCGGCGCCGGCGCCCACGGGCUUCGCCCCUCCGAGCAGCCCCUCCGCGCCGGGGCCGGCUCCCCGCGGACGGCCGCAGAGCGGACCGCGCGCCGGAGCGGGCCGGAGCCGGCAGCCCCCGGGGCCGCCCCGCCGCCUACCUGAGCGCGGGGCCCGCCGCGGACGACGGAACGCCGGCGGGACCGCCGGUGACGCCGCCACAAAACAACACGGACCGCCCGGGCCGGCGCCUGCGCACGGCGGCGGCGCCCCGGGGCGCCCUGGAGAGCGUAGUCCGCGCCCCGCCGCGGCCCGGCGGCCCGACCGCCCCGCCAACUACAGCACCCGAAGCGCACCGCGCCGCGCCCGGCCCCGCCCCGCCGGCCCCCGCUGCUAUGGCAACGCCGCGCCGCGCACCGCGGCCGCAGCGGGAUCGCCGAGCCCGGCGCCGAGGCCGCGGAGCAGCCCGGCCUUUGCGGGGUCACCGCCGGAGCUCCGGGCAAAGAGACAGCGCUCCUGGGCGAGCGCGGCGCGCUACGGGCACGGAACGCUCGUACUGGGAAAGGGAGCGGGCAGGAGCUCCGCUUAG